CCGCAGGUUGCUGAAUGGCAGAGGUGCAGGCUGCUCCACAGCAAGAUGUGAGACCAGUGUGGCAGAGUAUGAUGUGUACACAAUGAGGGACACACUGUAGCCAACCCAGUAGAUUACCCGUGCUGCAGUGCUGAUUGGGUCCUCACCUUGUUGUAGGAGAGCUGACAACAUGUACCAGCCAGCAGCAACUCCCAUGCUAACAGGCUUCUCCCCCCGUGGGUAUGUAGCACCUCUGGAGUCGCUCGAUGAAGAAGAGGAUGCUGGCGAGGCCUGUCGUGUUAGCCGGGAUGCGCCGGUACAGAGCUGUGUCCGUUGGGGUUGUGUAGGCAAGCAUCUUCUUGGCAAGGUCCUCGUAGGUGGCCGCAAACAGUUUACGGCUGUGGGAUGAGAACUUGUCUUGUGAAUGUGACGUUGGGAGGAGGGAAGCACAGGGGAGGAGGAGGACGAGGAGGAAGAGAGUGAAGAGUCACAAGAGGAGGAGGAAGGUGGAAAGAAAGAGGAAGGAGAGGAGGAGGAGGAGGAGGAGGAGGAGGAAGAUGGAGAAGGAAAGGAGAAAGAUAAGAAGGAAGGCAAUGUAGAAUGGAGGCGUCCUUGGUUUAUGUUCAGUAAAGCCCCGUAUUCUUGUCAUGGCAAUGUAGAAUGGAGGCGUCCUUGGUUUAUGUUCAGUAAAGCCCUGUAUUCUUGUCAUGGCAAUGUAGAAUGGAGACGUCAUUGGUCACAUACUGUUCUAAUGUAUGUGCACUUGCCACGCUGUUCACCAGGCAAAAGGCGUUGCAGAAAGAGCGCGAGAUCACUGUGUUGUGGGAGAAGACAGAGUCCCUUAGUGGUCAGCUGGUGACGGUCCACAACCACAGCCACUUUGAAGAGAAUGGCCUGAGCCACGACCACCUUGCUCAAGAAAAUAUCACGUUGACAGAGCUGAUUAAACAACUAGAAGAUAAGCUCAAACUUUCAAAGAUAGAAAUCAAAAACAUCACAAGACAGAAUAGUGAGCUGCAUGCACUUAUCACAGAGUAUAAAGUCACUCCCUCAGAGGAAAAAGACAAGGAUGGCACGUCUUCAUGUGAGAACUCAGAAGCUAAAUGUACAGAUACCAAGGGGAAAUUGCUGGGUCAAGUGGCUACACUGACAUCUGAGGUUAGCAGGUUGGAGAGUGAGUGCAGCAGUCUUCAGGUUCAGCUAGACUGUGAGAGGGAUAAGUAUAACAAACUGCUGGGAGAAUCUCUUGCUCAUGAAAAGUUGUCUGAAGAUGUCAUAACUGAACCAAAAGGAGAAACAACAGGAUUGGGAGGAACUGAGCUUUAACAGAAGCUGCAACAACUGCAGGAGGCUCACAGGGUCCUGGAGAGCAGGUUAACUUGCAGCAUGAAGGAGGUGGCAGAUUAGUGAUUUCUGCUGCAUCUCACACACUUCUUAUUCAAUUGCUUGCAGGAUUUGAUAUCAAAGCUGGUGCAGGAAAA